UAGAGUUCUCUUACUCUCGACCCCCAAACUCAGAAGAGUCAGAACAUUCACCGUCGAUUCACUCUGCAUAGCAUAUGUCUCAGGGAACUCGCGUUCCUAACUCCCUCCAUUACCAUCUCCCCGUUUUCAGUGAGAAGGACGCCAACUCCAACUACUCUUAGUCCAGUAACCCUUCCCGCCGCCCCGCCCAGAAAAGAGACUGCCGAAAUUGUUUUCCAACCCUCGUACCAUUACCGAAGAGAUGGGUCUCAAGGGUUUCGUCGAAGGCGGUAUUGCUUCCAUUGUCGCUGGCUGUUCCACUCACCCUCUGGAUCUGAUCAAAGUCCGCAUGCAACUACAGGGUGAGAAACUUCACGCUCCCAACCCACAGCCCGUCCAAAGUCUCCGCCCCGCAUUGGCUUUCCACCACCCCUCUGCCACUGUGCCCACCACCACCCUCCAUGUUCCACCACAGGUGGCGCCGCCUCUUCGCCUUGGAGGACCCAUCUCCGUCGGUGUACGAAUUUUCCAGACCGAAGGCGUGGCCGCCUUGUUUUCCGGGGUCUCCGCUACCGUGCUCCGCCAAACACUCUAUUCCACCACCCGCAUGGGCCUCUACGACGUUCUCAAACACAAGUGGACCGACCCGGACUCGGAUCAAUUCCCAUUGCUGCGCAAAAUAUCAGCCGGUUUGAUUGCCGGUGCUGUCGGCGCGGCCGUCGGGAACCCAGCUGACGUUGCCAUGGUCCGAAUGCAAGCUGACGGGCGGCUCCCGGCGGCUCAACGGCGCAACUAUGCGAGCGUGGUCGAUGCGAUCACGCGCAUGUCGAAGCAGGAAGGCGUGGCAAGCCUAUGGCGCGGCUCGGCUCUUACCGUGAACCGUGCCAUGAUCGUGACGGCUUCGCAGCUGGCGUCGUACGACCAGUUCAAGGAGAUGAUCUUGGAGAAGCAAGUGAUGAACGACGGGUUAGGGACCCACGUGACGGCGAGUUUCGCAGCAGGUUUUGUAGCGGCGGUGGCGUCGAACCCGGUGGACGUGAUCAAAACUCGGGUAAUGAAUAUGAAGGUGGAGCCAGGGGCGGCCCCUCCUUACAGUGGGGCCGUGGACUGUGCUAUUAAGACGAUAAGGGUUGAGGGCCCCAUGGCUCUGUACAAGGGGUUUAUACCCACUGUAUGUAGGCAGGGACCCUUCACCGUGGUGUUGUUUGUGACACUCGAGCAAGUCAGGAAGAUACUCAAAGAGUUCUAAGAAUUGAAAGAUUUGUGGACCAAAA